AUGAUAUGUGACACACGGCAGUGUAUUUCUUUUAUACCUUCAGAUCUUUUAGAAGCACUUCUUUUAAAUUCUUUCAGCUAUGUUUUGGUUUAGAGUAUUUGGAAUAGCUUGUGGGUUCCACGUAUCUUGUGCUGUUACACUUUCUUUCAGAUCUACUUACACAACUGGUUUAAACAGCAGUGAUUUGCCAAUAUUCAUAUUGGAAGAAUUUAUAGAUGACACAGAGAUGUACUAUUAUGACUCCAAUACUACGACAUGGAUCCGUCAGUACGAGUGGCUAAAAAAUGUUGAGAGUCCAAGUUUCUUAUCAACCCAGAAGGAGAUUUCAUAUUACCUACUGAAUGCCAGUGCUACUAAUGUCAAGCCCUUAAUGAACAUUUUUAACCAAAUAUCUGGAGUUCACACUCUCCAGGGAUUGUUUGGUUGUGAUUUGACUGGAGGUUUGUUUGCUAUAGUAGGGUAUGAUGGAGAGGACCUGAUCCUUCUGAAUAUAACCACCCUGGAAUGUAUCAUUGCACAAGAACAGGCAAGCCUUCUUCUACACAACUGUGUUAUUUCAAAGGUUUUUGUGCAGAUUUUUCAAACUUUAUGCUCUGGCUGGCUAAGUGAGUUUGUUUUUUAUGGAGGAGAAACCCUGAACAGGCAAGUUCAACCCAACGUAUUUCUCCUCCAGAAAACAAUUCCUGAAUUAUUAGAAACAGAGGUCACUUGUUUUGUCACCGGAUUCUACCCUCAACUUAUUGAUAUAGAGUGGGUCAGAGAUGGAGGACAAGCCGUACAAGCAUUGAGUGGUGAUAUUUUAUUGAACGACGAUAACACCUACCAGGUCAGAAAGGUACUAAAUGUGAGUUUCACGGAUGCUGAAAAAUAUGGCUACUCCUGCCAAGUGAAUCAUUCCAGCCUUCCAAGAAAACUCAUUGUCCCCUGGAAUUACAAAGGUUCUUCUACUGGAAUCAUAGUCGGAGUUGUAGUUGCUGCUGUGGUGAUAAUAGCCAUCAUCAUAACUGGAUUGGCCUAUUGGAUGAAAAGACAGAGAGGUAAAAGUGCAUCAACAAGAAAUAUGAUGGUGCAAGAGCCGCCCUUCAGUUCUGAGAGGGACUACGCGAAUGGUCACAGUACACAAGAGUCCAGUUCUAAACUCGGAUUAAUAAUGACAUACGAGACAGUUUCUGUCAUUCUGCUUAUUUAUUGCCCAACGUCGUCAUUCGCUGUUCUGCACACAUUUAGCAUCCUGCUCACACAAGGAUUAGAAAGCAGUGGCUUUCCGAAGUUAACUUUUUCUGAACUGGUGGGAGAAGAUGAGCUCUAUUAUUAUAACAGCAUCAACAAAACACUGAUCCGAAGAUAUGAUUGGUUAAAAGAAGUGGAAAAGUUUAACUUCCUGGAUUUACAUUAUGAAUUGCUUUUUAGCUUAGAGGCAAAUGCAGACUCCUAUGCCAAUGAUUUUGUCGUUUUUUUUAAAGAAACAAAUGAAAUUCAGAUUGGGCAGCUGAUUUUAGGCUGUGACAUAGACCAAGAAGAUCAGACUGGCAAUUUUUUUAUUCAUUUUGGAUUUAAUGGAGUGGCUUUAGUUGAUGCAAACCUGGACAAGUUAACCUGCACUGUGUUACUGAAAGAAGCAAAGCAUAUGGAAGAUGAGUGCAUUACUUCGCUAAAGCAGAACUCCCAUUUCAUUGUCAUCUUCAGAGAGGUUUGCACCCUGUGGUUAAAGGAAUUCUUGCGUUAUGGGAAUAAAACCCUUGAGAGAAAAGCUCAACCCAAGAUCUCAGUGUUUGAGAAAAUAAAUCAAACAACUUCUGAGAUUAAAGUUGUGUGUCAUGUAACUGGAUUCUUCCCUCGAGACAUUCAGGUGACCUGGGUUAGAAAUGAACUGGAUGAUUUACCUUCAGAAAGUGGGGAUAUUCUGCCAAACAAUGAUAAAACUUACCAGGUUAGGAAAACAAUCAUUGUAAAUCGUAUGGACCUUGGAAGACACAGCUACUCGUGCCAUGUGGACCACAGCAGUCUCACCAAGAAACUAACUGUCGCUUGGAAAUACAAAGAAAUGGGACCUGUCAUGGAAAUCACAGUUGCCAUUGCUGCAGUAGUACUAAUUGCAAUAGUGAUCAGUAGCGGAGUUCUCAUUAGAAGGAAAAAACGAGGAGCAUCUGCAAGGGACACAGAGAUAACAACAAACACAGAAGAAUUAAGACAAAUGAACAGUAGUGAAAUGUGAACAGCACAUUGAACCUUUACAUUAAAACCAAUGAGAAGAGAACUGAAGAAGCUGCUCCUGUGCGUCUGCUUUUCUAUGCUGAACAUGGAUUAAAUGUUUGUUAUUAUACUGUGUGCUGAUUUGUUUUGCUUACUAAUAUGAGACUGAUGUAGCUGUCUCUCUUUUAUAAGAGUAAAUUAGGGGGAAUUUGUGCACCUUUACUUUUAAUUUUGCACUAAAUGACAACAAUAAAUAGGUGAGAUACAUACAUUAUGUCAUUAAAAUUAUGGUUAAUUUGUUUUUAAGGUAUUGUUUUAACUGUUAGUAGAUUUUAAAUUUAUACAAAGCUUCAUAUUUUUCAGCUGCAUGGCUUAAUAUUCCACUGUCUUCCAAAUCUUUCUCAUCUGCUAAUGCAACUCAAGAUUGUAGAGAGUCUGUAUUUAGCCUGGUAGCCCUGGUCAAGACAAGAACCAGCCUUGGAUAGGAUGCCAGGCCAUCCUGGGUUAUACAUCCACAACCAUCCAGUCACACUGGAACAAUUUAGAUUCACUAAUUAACCUAACAUGGAAACCUUAUUUUAAUAUUAGAGGAAAGCUGGAGUACUUGAGAGGAAAAAAAAACACAAACAUAGCGAGAGACAAUGCAGACCUUGCAUGGAUUUUGACUGGCU